AUGAAAGGGUUCCAACAAAAAGUAUAUCAAUAUUUGAUUCAUGACCAAAUGAUGGCAACAACAGAAGCUAGAUGCGUACAAGAAUUGAUCGGGUAUCAUCGCCUAGGUGGAAGGACAACAUUUAAGCUUCAAGAUCGAUACGAAGGCAUUAGACUAGACACAUUCUAUGGACGUUCCUACCGCGAACCUUACUAUCUGUUACUUAGAAGAGAUCCGAUGGACCAGCGGAAAUUAACAAUUGAAAGACAUACCAUCCCUCAAUUUAUUCAGCUGGAUCGUCUUGCAACCAUGUUUCUUUUAAAAGAUCGGGAGACAUUUCUAAGAAUACUUCAAGACUUUCUACUUGCUUUUGUGUCAAGAAGAGAGCAAAUUAAUGAAUUUCUGAAAUGGGCAGAAGAUCAGCCUCAUAUUGUAAAUAUACAGUCAGAGUUCGUGGCCAAGUCUCGUCUGGAGUUUGAUAUCGAAACAGAUGCAGGAACACUUCGAGUUCAACUAUAUUAUAAUGAUAUAUCUACGGACUACCCUACACAGGCGCGCAUUCGGCAAUUAUCUGGACCAGAAAUUCACGAUUUUACACAUGAGGAAAACACGUUCUGUUCUCACAAGAUUCUCGAUGCCUUUCAUAUUUUAUUUGGGUAG